AAGCAUCAACAACAAACACAAGCAGCUGCAAAGCCUACUCCUAGAAGCACCAACAUACAAGCGAGGGGGAAACGAAAUGGCCACCUCCUCCUACUUCCUCCUUGCUGCCUUCGUAGCACUGGUCACUUCUCAGGCUAUUGCUUCUGACCCUAGCCCACUACAGGACUUUUGUGUUGCCGACAAACACUCUCCUGUGAAGGUGAAUGGAUUUGUUUGCAAGGACCCCAUGGCCGUGAAUGCAGAUGACUUCUUCAAGGCAGCAGAACUUGACAAGCCUAGGAACACCAAGGCAAGCAAAGUUGGAUCCAAUGUCACUCUAAUCAAUGUCAUGCAGCUCCCUGGACUCAACACUUUAGGCAUUUCAUUGGCCCGCAUUGACUAUGCACCCUUAGGUGAGAAUCCACCGCAUACCCACCCACGUGCCACAGAGAUUCUCACGGUGCUCGAGGGAACACUCUAUGUUGGAUUUGUCACCUCCAACCCAAACCAGCUCUUCGCCAAGGUGCUUAACAAGGGUGACGUGUUUGUAUUCCCGCAAGGGCUCAUCCACUUCCAAUUCAACCCUGACCAUUACAAGCCAGCUGUUGCGAUCGCUGGUCUUAGCAGCCAAAACCCUGGAGUUAUUACUAUUGCCAAUGCAGUCUUCGGAUCAAAGCCACCGAUUUCAGAUGAUGUCUUGGCCAAGGCAUUCCAGGUGGAGAAAGGGACGAUUGACUGGCUCCAGGCUCAAUUCUGGGAGAACAACCACUACUAGAUACGUUAACCAGUUAUGAUGUGGUUACUUUUUCCGUAUUUUGGCUAUAUGGUACGGUGUUGUUUUAAUACUGUACUCAAUGAAAUAAAUGAGAAGGAUUGUGGCACUAUCUCUAUUACUGUGU